CUUGCUGUUGGGAAUGCCGUCGAGAAAGUGGCCGUUGACAGUUGGUAACGUUACAGGAGUCUGCUAAUGUGGCUGAACUCAGGCUGGUGCAAAAAUGAACGAAAUUUCACUUAAUACUAUUGACAGCCUCCUUUUUCAAUUUGCUCUUCAAACUCGGGAACUUUCCCUAAAGAAGAAUUCAAUCAACCAACAAAUUAAAGUUUGCAGAGCUGACAUUGCUGAGAAAAGGUCUCACAUUGAAACAAUCCGCAGAAAUACCAAGAGACUUGAGCUAGAAAUCAGGGUGAAGCAGAACUCUGUGAUACACAAUAAAGACAAUUGUAAAAGCAUGAAGGCGAUUAACAGCCUGCUUCUUCAGUAUGAGCAGACAAUGAAAGAAGAACUGGAGAGCAGAAAAGCCAGCUACAACCGUGACAAGGAAGUCUACGAAGAGAGAAUUGCAAGCUAUAAGAAGAUAUUCCAGACGCAUAAAGAAUAUUAUUACCAAAAUCCUCUUGCUCAAAAGCUCCUCACGCUGCAGGAUGAAAAAGAGGAGAUUGAGUGUAGGAUCAAGGCUUGUGAUGAUCGAAUAACAAUGAAACUGAAGGAGCUGGACCGACUUACUGGUCCAGCAGUAAAUUCUUCUUCCACUGAGAAAUUACCAGACAGUGUUUCUGGCCAGCAGCCCAUUACAGAACCAGACAAGCAAUUAGAUUCUCAGACAGAAGAGAAAAGUGAUUCUUCUAUUGACAUCUCCUCUCUUAAUCUCAACCAGACAAAGAUUGGUCAUAAAACCUUAAUAGAGGCAAAUGAUGAAAUUUGUGAGGAAAACAAGGUUCAGGAUACAGCUGCUUGCAGUCCUUCCCCGGAAGAAGCAUGCAAUGAGCUGUGGCCAUGUGAGCAGUUGGAAGAACAAGGCUGGCCAGAUGUGAUGCACACUGACGAGCAGGACCAGGAAACUGGACCACUGGACCCGGUCUUGGAACAGCAUUCCACUGCUUCAGACAUAGAUGAAGCAGUGGAGGAGGAGAUGGAGGAACGACCAGCUAUAGAGGAAGAGCAGGCACCAAACGAAGAGGGCAACAAGGAACUUGUUGCUUUUCCACAGUCAUCAUCUCAGGAAACUAAUCCUCAGUCCUCUCCUGCGAAAACAAUAGUUGUGCCUUCAACUCCAACAUUUCCAUUUAACUUUAGCCCUGGCAGCUCCCCACAUCAAGGGAUCUCUGCUACCAAAUCUCCAGCUUUCCUGUUUUCUCUGAACUCUGAUCCCAGCACCCCAAGCUUCCCUGGCUUUGGCUUUGAUGUCGGCUCAUCACAGGAUGAGGACUCAUCUUUCGCUUUCACCGGUUCCUUUUUCACUGAAAAGAAAACCACAGAAUCAGAGGCUUCAGGCUGCUCUGAGUUCCCGUUUGGCCAACAAGAGCCAAGUGAAGACUUCCAGUUUGCCUUCACCUCAAAGAGCGAUCAGACAUCUAACAAAGAGAACACCAGUGAGGAUUUUACAUUUUCAUUCAACUUUUAGAGUUCAUCUGAAAUGCUGACAUUGUUGUGUUUGUAAGACUAGUUUGUUACUUAUUUCUUCAGUAAUGUUCUCAUAUAUUGGGGUUAUGACAAACACCUUAGGUAAGGGUUCAAGGUUUAACAACACUAAAUAAUUAUUGUGUUGUAAUUAUUGUGCCAUUCACACCACAAUGAACAUAAUUCUAACAUUAUUACUGUUGAAUAAAAUUUUACUGAAUAUAUUGCAUAAGUAUCAAAAUAAUACAAAACAUAUGUUCAUGUUUCUGUCUUUACAGAUUUCUCUAUAUAAGUACAGUAGUUGUGAAGUUUAAUGGAGUCUUGUUAUUCUGUGAUUUGCAUUAACUAAUUCUAACUACAUUCAGUCGUAGACAGUGUAUAAAUAAAAGAAAAUAAACAUCUCACUGGUCCCAUGA